CAGCAGUAGCGGGACGGGGAGGAGGAGAAGGAGGGGGCUGGUUAUGCUGGUCUGCCUGCCUGGGUUUCCCCCCCCCCCCUCGUCUUUCCUUCCGCGUUUUGCAAAAGGUUGCCUUGACUUUUGCGGCGGUCCAGGCCGAGGCAACGAUCUAGGCACAGGAGGGGUUCACCCAAUUGCCGGAGAUGUCGGAAGAGGUCAUUGUGCCCAUCUAUUGCACGGGGGUCUCCGCUCAGGUCCAGAAGCAGCGGGCCAAAGACCUGGGCCUGGGUAAACAUGAGAAUGCGGUCAAGUACCUGAGCCAGGAUUUCGAGAGGCUUCGGAAUGAAUGCUUGCAGAGUGGAGCCCUUUUCAGAGAUGACACCUUCCCCGCCACAGCCUCUUCCCUAGGGUUCAAAGAGCUGGGGCCAAACUCCUCCAAAACGCAUGGAGUCAAGUGGAAACGGCCUACGGAACUUUGCCGCAAUCCACUCUUCAUUGUGGACGGGGCCACCCGCACAGACGUCUGUCAAGGAGCUCUGGGUGACUGCUGGCUCCUGGCAGCCAUUGCCUCGCUCACCCUGAACGAUCCUCUUCUCCAUCGUGUGGUUCCCCAUGGGCAGAGCUUCCAGAAUGGGUACGCGGGCAUCUUCCACUUCCAGAUCUGGCAAUUUGGCGAGUGGGUCGACGUAGUGGUGGAUGACCUCCUCCCAACCAAAGAUGGCAAGCUGGUCUUCGUCCACUCUGCAGAAGGCAAUGAAUUCUGGAGUGCCCUGCUUGAGAAGGCUUAUGCCAAGGUGAAUGGCUGUUACGAGGCUCUGUCUGGAGGGAGCACCUCGGAAGGGUUUGAAGAUUUCACCGGAGGUGUCACUGAAUGGUACGACCUCCGGAAGCCGCCCAGCGACCUCUUCCAGAUCAUCUUGAAGGCCCUGGAGAGGGGGUCCCUCAUGGGUUGCUCUAUCGAUAUCACCAGCGCUUUUGACAUGGAGGCUGUCACUUUCAAAAAACUGGUGAAAGGCCAUGCCUAUUCCGUCACUGGAGCUGAGCAGGUCAACUACCGAGGGCAGAAGGUCAGUCUGAUACGGAUACGAAACCCCUGGGGAGAGGUGGAAUGGACUGGAGCUUGGAGUGACAAUUCUGGGGAGUGGAACGUAGUGAAUCCAUCUGUGGGACAACAGCUGAGAAUUAAAAUGGAAGAUGGAGAAUUCUGGAUGUCCUUCCAAGACUUCCUCAGGGAGUUCAACCGCCUUGAGAUUUGCAACCUCACGCCGGAUGCGCUGAAGUCGCACAAGGUCCGAAAGUGGAACACAAUGCUGUAUGACGGGACCUGGCGGCGGGGGAGCACAGCUGGUGGCUGCAGGAAUUUUCCAGCGACAUUCUGGAUUAACCCCCAGUUUAAAAUCCGCCUUGAAGAGGUAGACCACGACGACGACGAGGACAGGAGGGAACCGGGCUGCAGUUUCCUCCUGGCUCUGAUGCAGAAGAACCGGCGCCGUGAGAGGCGCUUCGGCAAGGACAUGGAGACCAUUGGCUUUGCCGUCUAUGAGGUCCCUCGUGAGUACAAGGGGCAGUCCGCGGUCCACCUGAAGCGCGACUUCUUCCUGUCGAACUCCUCGCGGGCCCGCUCCGAGCAGUUCAUCAACCUGCGUGAGGUCAGCACCCGCUUCAAGCUGCCCCCGGGAGAGUAUAUCGUGGUGCCUUCCACCUUUGAGCCCAACAAAGAAGGGGACUUCGCGCUCCGGUUCUUCUCGGAGAACAGAGCGGGGGCAGUGGAAAUGGAUGAUGAGAUCCAGGCUAACCUCCCAGAUGAGAAAGUGCUUUCAGAGGGUGAGAUUGAUGAGAACUUCAAGCAACUCUUUAAGCAGCUGGCUGGGGCGGAUAUGGAAAUCAGUGUUCGUGAGCUGCAGACCAUCCUCAACAGAAUCAUAGGGAAACAUAAAGACCUUCGGACGAAAGGUUUCAGUUUGGAGUCCUGCAGGAGUAUGGUGAACCUCAUGGAUAGAGACGGAAAUGGGAAACUCGGAUUGGUGGAAUUCAACAUCCUUUGGACCAAAAUCAGGAACUAUUUGGCAGUCUUUAGGAAGUUCGAUGUAGACAAGUCGGGGAGCAUGAGCGCCUACGAGAUGAGGAUGGCUCUAGAGUCUGCAGGCUUCAAGCUGAACAAGAAGCUCUAUGAGCUGAUCAUCACCCGCUAUGCUGAGCCCGAUUUGGCCAUCGACUUUGACAAUUUUGUCUGUUGUUUAGUGCGACUCGAAACCAUGUUCCGGUUUUUCCAAGCACUGGAUUCAGACAAGGAUGGGAUUGUCACCUUUGACUUGAUCAAGUGGAUACAGCUAACUAUGUUUGCCUGAAGAAGAUGUGGUGCCAUCCUUGCGCAGCGGUCCGGCCCCUUCCCCUUGGACACCUUCUGUGCUUUCGUUCUUUUGACCUGCAAGUGCCUUGCAUCACACUGCGGCUGCUUCCCGUCAUUUCCUGCCUCCACAUCAAAUAAAUGAACAGAUUCACCUUUACACACUCAGAGCUCUCCCCUUCCCACGUUUGACUCAUGUGCCAAGGUGGAUUCUCUUGGCUCCCUGCCGAUGUGUGCCUGGUUCACCUGUGACCUUGGAAGCAUUUCGGAUUUGGCACUGCUCUUUGCUAUUAAUAAUAAUCCAUAGUGAGACACUUGCCACGGAAACACACAGCGUGGCGUGAACGAGGCCUUCCCCACUCGAUUGCAGGCUCUUUUUAAAAUGGGGGCUUAUCACAGCACCAACAUGGCUGGUGCAGCCCUGUGGAACAGUCCUGAGCAAGCAGUGCAUCCUGGGAAGCCUCUGGCCUCUUGACCGCCAGUCUUCUGAUGGCUCUUGGAUUUGGGUAGUUUUUCAGCCCUGAUCCUGACGUCGCACUGUGGGUGUGGGCCUCCUCCCUUAGCUUUUUGUGCUCUUAAGAUGUAUGUGGAAGAGAAGGGGUGAAAGGGCACAGCUCUAGAGAGACUGGUUUGAAACAGGUAACGUGAUUAGUGGGCAUGCAUCCUGAGGCACACAGGCUCCCAAGACGCCUUACUUAGUUACGUUUUGAAGAGUGGUGUCUUUCCUUCUUCACUCCUGUUGCUCCUUGCCCUCCUAGUUUGUUCCUGUAGCCAUCUUGUUGAUGCCAAGUCUGCAACACAGCUGUGCAUGCUGGGAAGCCUCACCCCUCCUUCGGCCAUACUUCCUUAGACCCAUUUGCCCCAUUUCUUCCUCUCAGGCCCCACCUGCAUUAUACAUGUAAAGCACUGUGGUGCCAUUUUAAACAGUUAUGGCGUCGCCCAAAGAAUCCUGGGAUUUGUUACGGAUGCUGAGAGUUGUCUUCUCCUCAACAGAGCUCCAGUCCCCAGAGUGGCUUAACAAUCAAUCCCUCUUCCCAGGCGAUUACAGGAAUUGCAGUUCUGUUAGGGGAAUGGGGAUCUCCUAAUAACUCUCAGCAACCCUUAACAAACUACAGUACCUGGGAUUCUUUGGGGGAAGCCAGGGCUGUUAAAGUGCUUGAAAUGCACAGUGCAGAUGUGGCUUCAGCCUUGCCACUAGUAUUUUGCCGUUUGCCAAUGAGAUGCCUUCUAAUUUUUUUUUUAACACAUUUGCUUCAGUGCCAAAGGCUUUCCCCUCCUAUGUACGUAUUUUGGCCUCUGUUUUAUAUUUGGCCUUUGCUCUGACAAAUAGACAGUGUGAGGUGUAAAGACUGAGACCCGACAGGGGACUCUUCAGCAGAUGGGCCAGGCCUGCAUCUACACGGGAAAGGCUUAGCAUAUUCUAUGUAUAAGAACUGAUCUGUUGCAGCACACUUUGCUUCUUGGGUGGCCUCCUUUAACAGAGCACCUGCUUUGCAUGCAGAAGUCCCCGGGUCCGAUCCGUGACAUCUGCCCUAUCGGAAACCCCAGAGAGCCGCUGCUAGUCAGUGUAACUACAUGGAGCUCCCUCUGUUUUUAUUCCAGUCAGCCCUUUAUUCAGAAUCUUCAGUCUGGGAUCUUACUUUAUGUUUAGGGGAAGGACCAUAGCGUAGUGGCAGGAGACGAGCAUUGUAUGCAGAAGGUUCGGUACAACCCUUGGGCUGGGAGACGAUCCUGCCUGGAACCCAGGACAGCCAUUGCCACUCAGUGUAGACAAUCCUAGACGAGAUGGAUCAGUGGGCUGGCUCAGCGUAAGUCAAUUUGUCUGUGUUCCAUUUUUGUCUCAGGCCGCAAGGAGUUAACCCCCCCCCUUCAGAGCUCUCCUGCCCCAUGUUUUCCACUCGCCCAAGAGUUCACCUUGACCCAUUGGCGUCUGCUUUAUGGCAUCUACAGCUUCACACCAUCGGCCUCUCAGAGCUGGCUUGCUCCUCUGACUGCUCUCAAUGGAAGUGUUUCUAAUACGAGACGUUCAGCCGAGGUGUGUGUCUGUAGUUGGUUGGUUGGUUCAUGGGAUGCUUGUUAGUUCUAUAAGCCAUUUAGGGCCGGUGUGGGGGAACUUCUGGCCCUCCAGAUGCUGCUGAACUACAACUCCCAUCAUCCCUGACCAUUGGCCAUGUGGGCUGGUGGGAGUUGUAGUUCAGCAACAUCUGGAGGGCCAAAGUUUCCCCACCCCGGAUUUAGAGCGUGCAUUUUUGGAGUUAAUACAGCCAGAGAAAUUGCAGGGCUGCAGCUGGUGCCAUCCCUCCUUUCCCUGUUGUGGCAACGAAUGAGAGGGUUCUGUAGCUGCCCACCCCCCUCUCUCCACCAGCUUCAUCUUAUUAUUUUGGUGGAUGUAAGGCAGGGGUGGGGGGGAACCUGUGACCCUCCAGAUGUCCCUGGAUUCCAGCUCCCAUCAGCCCCAGGCAGCAUGACCAAUGGUCGGGGCAGUACCGGUGAGCACAGUCACCAAAAAAAGCCCUGGGUCAGGGCCAUGGGAGUUGAUAGUCCAGCAACAUCUGGAGGGCUACAGGUCCCCCAUCCCUAAGGUGAGGAACCGACCCAUGAAAAUCAAUGGGGUCAGGGACAAAAUUAUCAGCAAUCCUAUUUCACCAACAAUAGCCCGGGCAGCUUACUGUUUCCAGAAGCUUCUAAUGCCUGACAGUCCCUCACAAGACCUGAGAGGGAAAAUUCUCCUCCCACAGAGGCCAGCUUGGGAAUUCUGUGUCUCAACUGAAUACUCUGCUUGCUCCCAGAAAGCCAUUUGAGGUGCCAUGGAAGUCCUGCUGUGCCUCUCCCCCCCCCCCCAAUUUUAUGUUUCCCUUGGUGUGCCAAAAUGGGAGACUGAGCCAGCGAUGAGUUCGCUUCUGUGACAGUGCCGGAAGAUUCUGUAUCAGGGAUUAUUUUACCCUCCAAUGAUGUAACUGUGUACUACUGUUUAUUUUGUUUUUUUGUAUUGUAGAAACAGACUUGUUUUAUUGCCAAAAAAAGUGCUAUUAUUAAAACAAGAUGCUUGGGUU